AUGAAAGAACAUAACUUUUCAAGUUUUAUAAACCAAAACUUGUUUGAAGAAAGGCCACAUAACACAGUUAUUAAGAGUACUUCAAGAAAUAAGAGAUUGUUUGUGAAGAACGACCAUGUGAAGAGCACAGAAAAAUCUGAAAACAACGUUACUAAUACCACAUGUGGUUCACAGUUGCGCCUUAGUUCUUACAGAGAUAUUUUCCAAACUACUGUUACAAGAGGUACAAGUAAAAGAACAAAGAUUCGUACUGUACCAACCCUUACGGAGGUACUGGAUAACUCUCCAGAUAGGAUAAUAUGUUCAAUAUUCGAAAAUAGAAAUAGUUCCGAAACAAAAGUUGGAAUAUGUGCCAUAAAUUUAAACCUUGGAACACUGACUUUUUCGGAAUUUAUUGAUUCCCAAAUAUUUAUCAGAGUCAUUCAUAAAUUACAAAUUUAUAAUCCAACUGAAAUACUGGUACCAACAACAUCAGUAGUUCCUACAAAUUCGAAAUUGGUAUCUGUAAUUAAGUAUAAUGUUCCUGAGGUUACAAAAAUUUCAAAUAUUCCACAUAAGUCUUUCGACGAUCAUGAAGGGCUACAAAUUAUCAAUAAAUUCCAGAUUGACAACAAAAAAGGGAAUUUUGUAGAGAAGACGCAUGGGCUACGUGCAAUUGCGGGUGUGUUCGACUUCAUAAAUAGUCGUAAUACAAAAGGUAGUCUGUCAUACAAGUUCAAAAAUUUGAGGAUUAUUUUCGAGACUCCAGAUGAUACAAUGUUAAUAGACCCAUUAACAAUAAAAUGUUUAGAGUUGGUAGAAAAUAAUAUAGAGAAAGAUAGGUUGUCUUUACUCAAAUUCUUGGACUCUACAUCAACGAGUAUGGGUAGACGAUUGCUCAGAAAUAACAUUUUGCAACCAUUGACGAAUAAACAGGGUAUAGCACUUAGAAUAGAAGCAGUUAAAGAAUUACUAGAAAAUGAUGGACUUCUAGAUAACGUUUGUUCAAAUCUUAAACAUUCUCACGAUAUGGAUAAAUUAUUUUCAAGACUUUUGUAUGUUGACAACUUCACUAUUCAAGCGGAACAAAAAAUAAAUUAUGUUUUGUUGUUCAAAAAUACCAUUCAUCUAAUUCAAGUAAUUAAUGAAAUAUUGGAUGAAGUUGAUAUAAAAAGCCCUCUAUUGAAGGAAGUUAAAAGAAUCCUCAAUUCUGCAACAAUCACGACUGCCAAAAUAGAAAUCGAUAGUGUGAUUAGCGAAGAUUGUGGAUGGGCCUCCUCUAAUAUAAACUUACAAAAUCAAAAGAUCUAUGCUGUCAAAAAUGGGUCUAAUGGGUUAUUAGAAGCAGCCAGAGGUAUUUAUAAGAAUAUCAUCGACCAAAUUUCAGAAGAGGUCGAGCAACUGUCUGAUGAGUUGGGUAUAACGUUAGAUCACACAUUAGAUUCAUCCAGAGGGUUUGUUAUCAGAAUAUCUAGGAAUGACUGGCCUGAUAUGAAUACCCUCCCCAAUGAAUUUAUAAAUAAAGUGGUGAAAGGUAAAUGGAUUGAGUGCCAUACUUUGAAAUUGAUCAAGUUUAAUACAAGAUUAAAGGAUAUAAUAACUGAAAUAUGCCUUCUCAGUGAAAAAACCGUUCAUUCACUUCUUAAUGAGCUAUCAAAACAUAUUGCCACCUUUUUUAUGGUAUCAGAAGCCAUCUCAUUACUAGAUUUAAUCUGCUCUUACAGUAUCAACACUUCAAAGUAUCAAUAUACCUUUCCGGAGUUUGGUUACAAUAUUCAAGUGGAACAAGCAAGACACCCUGUACUUGAUACUACACUUACUGAUUUUGUCCCAAACAAUAUUAGAAGUAUCAAAGGCAGCUCCAACCUUCAGAUUAUAACAGGGUGUAACAUGAGCGGAAAGUCUGUUUAUAUGAAACAGGUUGCACUUUUAUGCAUUAUGUUCCAAAUUGGUUGCCCUAUACCUGCCAAAUCAGCUACCUUACCUAUAUUUAAAAAUCUCCAAGCAAGGUUAUGCAAUGAUUCUUUAGAAUUAAGUUCCUCAAAUUUUAUGUUCGAAAUGAAAGAAACAGCAUAUUGUAUGGAUGACCUCUCUGAAGAUACGCUGUUAAUACUUGACGAACUAGGGAGAAAUUCUAGUGUUUGUGAUGGACUUGCAAUUUCUCUGGCGGUAACUGAAUUUGUGCUGCAUUCCAAGUGUGUAGCAUUUAUCUCUACACAUUUUCAGGAUAUCCCAAACAUAUUGAUCAACAAACCGUCAGUGGUACAUCAUCAUAUGAAGACAGAUAUUUUAGGAGAUAAGUUAAAAAUGUUAUACAGUCUACAGGAAUCAUCUCCUGUCAUCGAACAUGGGGCAUUAAGAGUUGUUUCGAAUAUCUUUCCAAAAUCUGUAAUAGAUGAUUCAUAUGUAAUUGCCGACAACUUAUCUAACUGUCGAAACAAUAAUGGAAACGAUUCUGAUACCCUUUCAAGUGAUAUGCAAUUAGACCGAGAAGAGGUAAACCAAAUGAAGAAAAUUCAUAAUUUUAUUUCGUUGCUGAGACAAAAUUCCUUGGAAGAUAAAAUAACUCUCGACACACUAAGGUUAUUACAAACGCAAUUUAUGGAAUCUUUUACUGAAUGA